AUGGAAUCGCAUUCUAGUAAUGGAAAGAUUUUCAGAGAUGAGAAGCAGGUACAACGUUUUCAACAUUUUGCCCGAAUGAAGCCGCCAGAGUCCGUCGACAAUUCGGAUAUAGUGUCCAUUAGUUCAAUUGAUAAUGUAUUAAAAUUUAGGCCGAAGACAACGACUAUCAGUCGCCAAGACUGUGUUAUCGGGGAGAGAUAUACCAAUUCGAUAUCGACAUUAUGGAGUAGUCCCCCAGCAGUCCAAAAUGCGGAGCGUUAUCUGUCUAUACACGCCAGCCAGCCUGGUAUCAAUGCUCGAGCUCACACCUGGGGACAAGCGGAAAUUCUAAAUACUCCAGAUAGGAACGGAUCCAUUCACGAUUGGGGAAAGUGA